AUGCUGUACCAGAUUGUGAGCAACGUGUGUGAUGCGUUGGAGCUCUUCAUUGAGGACGAAAUGACCGUCGGUGAAGUGCGGGCGCUCGUCGGGGCGAUGCUCGGCGCCGAGGCGGACGGCCCCCACGUGGCGGUGACAUUUCAGGGCCGCCUGCUGCACGACGACGGCCUCGCGUGGGGCGCCCUCCUCGCCGCCCACCCCCUCCCGCCCGGCGCCGCCCGCAAACUUUUCGUCCACGUCUCCGACCGCCACCCGACGGGCUCCGCCGAGACGAUGCGACUCGCCCUUCGCGCCGCGGCGGUCACGCGGGAGGAGGAGCGCGCCGGCCGCGACCAGGCACGCAUGAUGGAGCCGAUCAUUGAUAUGAUGGUGCACAACCCGGGGUUCAUGGAGGCCGUGCUCGGCGCAGACCCGGCAAUGAAGCGCGUACUGAAGGGAAACCCAGAGAUGGACCGCAUGUUGCGAGAUCCAGAGACAUUGAAGAGCUUUAUUAUGGCACAAAUGGAUCCAGAACAGAGGCGCAUGAUGGAUAGGGAUUUGCAGUUGCAAAUGGCACAAGUUAGUGCAAUACCAGGAGGUGAACAGUUGCUUGAACGAUAUGUUACCAGUGUUUUACAGGAAUUAGACGCAGAUGGGGAUUCCACACACCGUGAAGCUGCUGCUGAAGUAGAUGAAGCACAGGCUCGUCCAGAUCCAAAUAAAGAAGCCAAUAGUGAAGCAUUACCUAAUCCAUGGAAGCAACAAUCAUCAUCAGUAUCAUCAACACAGAAUAAUUCGGAGUUUAUGAUGGGUCCAAAUGCUGAUAUGACAAAUUUACUUUUGGGUAAUUUUGGUGUUGGAAAUGCUUCUAAUGCUGGAAAUGUAGGAUUUCCUUCCUUUCUUCAACUAUUUGAAAAUACUCCAUUAAUGAGUGGGGGUAACCCUUCUGCCACCACAGGAUCUGUUUUGCCUCAGGGUGGAGUAACUCCUAAUAGAGAAAAUAUGGCGCAGCCAAAUACAUUGGCACCAUCGGCGGAAAGAACGACUGAUAACAUAGCAAAAGAUAAGACACAAUGGGCGUCUCAACUCGCAAUGUUAAAAGAUAUGGGAUUUGAGGAUGAGGUACUUUGUGUUGAAGCGUUAUGUGCAACAAAUGGGGAUGUGGACGCAGCGGUUAGUUUUAUUGUUGAUAAGGGCAAAUAA